AUGGAAAAUCAUACUAGACAGACAGAGUUUAUGGCAACAGGUUGAACUGAUGGAGCAACUUUGAAACAGGUUAUUUUUGCAAUUCUGUUUUUCAAUUAUAUCUUGAGCCUCAUGGGGAACUUAGUCAUCAUCCUCCUCACGCUGCUGGAUCUUUGCCUAAAGACUCCAAUGUAUUUCUUCCUCCGAAACUUCUCCUUCUUAGAAAUUGCUUUCACAUCCGCCUGCAUCCCUCGGUAUCUGAUGAGCAUUCUCACUGGAGACAGAACAAUUCCCUACAAUGCUUGUGCAGCCCAGGUUUUCUUCUUUUUUCUAUUAUUAAUCACAGAGUUUUACCUCCUGGCCGCCAUGUCUUAUGACCGCUAUGUGGCCAUCUGCAAACCUCUGCAUUACCCAGUCAUCAUGAACAGCAAAGUGUGCCACCUGCUUGUUCUCUGCUCCUGGGGAACUGGGUUCUUAUCCAUCUUCCCCCCCUUGCUCUUGGGACUAAAACUGGAUUUCUGUGCUUCCAAAACAAUAGACCACUUCCUAUGUGACAUUCCUCCUGUCCUGCAGCUGUCUUGCACAGACACACGUUUCUUAGAAUUGCUUGCAUUUGUCAUAGCUGUGAUGACCCUUAUCAUCACCUUGAUCUUGGUGAUCCUCUCCUACACACUCAUCAUCAAAACCAUUCUCAAAUUCCCUUCAUCUCAACAACGAAAAAAGGCCUUUUCUACCUGCUCUUCCCACAUGGUUGUUGUCUCUAUCACGUAUGGGAGUUGUAUCUUCAUGUAUGUGAAAACAUCAGCAAAGGAAAGAGUGACUUUAAAUAAGAGUGUAUCUGUGCUGAACACAUCUGUGACUCCUUUGCUAAACCCUUUCAUUUACACUCUAAGAAACAAGCAGGUGAAAGAAGCUUUCACACAUACUCUUCGCAAAUUUAGUUCCUUUCAAAAUUUUGAUGCAAGAUUUAGAUUUAAAUGA